UAACUGUUAAUUAUUACAGAGCUUCAAACAUGGCGAUCUUAAUUAUAUAUCUAAUUAAUUAAUUAAUCUAUAAAAAUCACUCACUAAAUUAAAAUCCCCCAAUUUGGAAAGAAGAAUGACAAUGAAGGUUUCUUUCAAAGUUUCCAAAAAAGGUUUAAGAUUUUGCCCUAAACCUAAAGUUGUUGAAGAUGAAAUUGCUCCAAUUGAUGUCCCUAAUAACAAAUCUAUCGUUGCUACUCAAAAACCAUUGGUUGAUGUCACCGAGCACAGCAAGGAUGAUGCUGAAAUUUUAGAUGCUGAUGUUUCGUUCUACAUAAGCCUCUUUCCGGAUGGAUAUUCAAUUGGGAACCCCUCUGAGAAUCAGACAGGGCAUCAAGCUGGUGUACAGGAUGAUCAGAAGUUUCUGCACCCGUAUGAUCGGACAUCAGAAAGCCUAUUCUUGGCCAUUGAGCGUGGGUUGUUACCUGCAGAUUUCUUAGAUGAUAUCCCAUGUAAAUUUAUCAAUGGAGCAGUUGCAUGCGAGGUGAGAGAUUACAGGAAUGUUGGUUCUGAAUCUGGAGUUAACGGUUCUUCUGCAGAUGCAACCCCGACAACCACGAAAAUACGCCUUAAGAUGUCAUUGGAGAACGUGGUGAAGGAUAUCCCUUUGAUUUCUGAUAGUUCGUGGACUUAUGGUGAUUUGAUGGAAGCAGAGGCCCGUAUAUUGAUAGCCCUACAACCAAAGCUAGAUCUUGAUCCAACUCCCAAUUUAGACAGACUCUGCAGACCUCCAAUUAUCACAAAUCUAAACUUGAAUAUUCGUGAACUUCGCCGGAAGAGGUUAAGGCAGAUGUCGGGAACAGACAACGGGGUGAACGUGAAGAAGGUUUGCAUGGAUCGAGUCCCUGACAAUUUAAAUUCAGGACCAAUGGUGCUGCCACCUGAUGUUGUGAAUCUGACCACCCAAAAUGUUGGUCCUAGCAAUAUGGCUUCCUCUGUUCCAGCAUCUCCUUCAUUAUCUUAUCAAUCAAAAUAUCAAAUGGGGGCUGGUAACCAGAGACUUAUGCAGGAUCAAGGGCAAGACAUGAUAAAUUCAUAUGUUGACACUAUGAACUCGAAUAUGGGUAAGCGGGAAAACCAAGAAGGCCAGCUGUCCCCUAUGGGAAAUAUGACUAAGAGAGCUAGGUCAAAUUCCAUGGGUCUUGAUGGUGGUCAACAACAUCAGAUGGAUGGAUACAAUUCACUUAUGCAGCAGCAGCAGCAGCAAUCCAUUGGUAGAGGGAUUCAGUUACCUAAUAAUGCUGGAAUUCAAAAGUAUCCAUUUGAAGGAAGUUUCAAUCAGGAACCAUUUACAAUGGGGCAGCCUGGAAUGAGAUACAAUCUAAAACAAGAGCCUGUUGACUCUGAGCUAAGUCGUAUGCAUAUGGUGGAUUCAGAUAUUGACCCGCGACUGCAGCAGCAGAGGUUGAAUCCGCAGUUCUCAAGAUCCAGUUUUCCUCCAACUCCAUGGAACAGUCUGGAUAGUUCUAGAAAAGAGGAGCAAUUCCAGAGACGAAAAUCAGCACAAAGUCCACGUGUAUCUUCUGGGGCUUUACCUCAAUCCCCAUUGUCAUCAAAAUCAGGGGAAUUUUCUAGUGGGUCUCAUGGUGGACAGUACGGCGUAACUGCACCACUGGGAUCAUCUCAAAGAGACAAGUCAGCGGUCACUUCCGUUCCCAACGUAGGUGGUGCAGGAUCUUUGAAUUCCAAUGUUCAAAUGGCAGCCAGGAGAUCCAACUCUCUCCCGAAGACGCCUGCCAUCAGUGGGGUAGGAUCUCCUGCUAGUGUAGGUAACAUUAGUGGUGGACCCUUUAAUGCCAGCAGUCCUCUUGUUGGAAAAGAGGCUGAUAAAAGCAUGCGUGAUAAGUUCUCCAAAAUUGAGAUGUUGACUGCCAGGCAUCAACUAAACUGCAAAAAGAAUAAGGUUGACGAUUACAGGAAGACUACAUCUUUUCCUACUCAACAGUUACAGCAUUAUCUCUACGAUGAUCACAAUAGUGAAAAUCUCAAAGAUGACACCUGUAAAAUGCCUCUAUCUAAAUCGCUUGUUGGAGGGAGCAUGAAUGUUUGCAAAACUAGAGUUUUGAAUUUUGUGCACUCUGAACGCGUACCUCAAGGAAAUGGCACUGGGUUUUCACUUGUGACAAAGUCGCGAACCAGGAUGAUAUUGUCGGAGAGGCGAGAUGAUGGCACUGUUGCAAUGCAUUAUGGAGAACUUGAUGAAAUUGAUUAUUUGGCAGCUGAAGAAAGCCUUCCUACUCUUCCAAAUACUCAUGUUGCAGAUUUGUUAGCAGACCAAUUUUGCACACUGAUAACUCGUGAAGGUUAUCAAGUGGAGACUGAUCAUCUCCAAUCAAAACCAACUAGUAUGAUUAGGUCUUCUGGAGAUCAACUUAAUAUUAAUGCAUCUGGAGUAUCUCCUAAUGCUGAAAACCUGGAAGCAGUCUCAGGCCAACCAUCUAAUGAAAUUGCAAAACCAUCCGAUAGUGGAACAAACAACAAUUCAUCAGUAACCUCAUCAGGUGCAAGGAUGCAUCCUCCUACUAACUCACAACCUUUGCAAAUGUCUCAAGGUGGGUUGUUGCCUCCGUCACGGCCUCUGCAACCUGAGUCACAACCAUCUUUCCAACAACAAAAUCAACAUUCGUUGAUGCAACAACAGAUGCAAAGAUCAUCAGCUAUGAUGCUUGCAUCAAAUCCAUUAUCACAUUUAAAUGCAAUGGGACAGAAUUCAAACAUGCAACAAUUAGGUCAUAUGCUUAGUAAGGCGUCCCCUCUCCAACUUCAAAUGCUACAACAGCAGCAACAACAGCCUCAAAUGCAGCAGAGGAAAAUGAUGAUGGGACUAGGAAAUGUUGGAAUGGGGGGUGGUACUGGAAAUAAUAUGGUUGGGCUGCAAGGCAUGGGAAAUGUAAUUGGCAUGGGGGGCAAUCGUGGUAUUUCGCCACCAAUGACGGGAGGAAUCUCGGGAAUGGGAAAUAGUAUGGGUCAGAGCCCGCUCAAUAUGAACACUUCAAGUUAUGGUAAUGCAAUAGGCCAACAUCUUAGGUCUGGAUUGAUAUCGCCAGCACAGGCUGCGUUGAUGACUACAAAGCUCAGGAUGGCACAUCAAAGAAAUAUAUUAAAUGGGGCCGGGGGGCAAACUAGUAAUAUUGCUGGGUUGCCAGGCGCUAAUCGGCAGGUGCAUCCAGGCUCAAGUAACUAUUCGAUGCUUGGUCCCAAUAUGAACCGAGGUAAUACCAUGAACCAAAUGCAGCGGACUGCUAUGGCCCCACCAAAAUUAAUGCAAGGCAUGAAUGCCUACAUGAAUCAGCAACAGCAGCAGCAGCAACAGAUGCAUGUACAACAACAGCAGCAGCAAAUGCCACAACAGCAGCAGCAAAUGCCUCAACAGCAGCAGCAAAUACCUCAACAAUUGCCACAUCAACAGCAGCAGCAGCAAGAAUCAACCUCCCCGUUACAGGCGGUUCUUUCACCACCUCAGCAGGUGGGUUCACCGUCAAUGGGAAUGCCACAGCAACAGCAGGCUAGUCCCCAGCAAAUGAGUCAGCGGACCCCAAUGAGUCCACAGUUGAGUUCUGGUGCCAUCCACGGUCCAAUGAGUGCAGGUAAUCAAGAGGGUGUGUGUCCUGCAAGUCCACAGUUGAGCUCACAGACGAUGGGGUCCGUCAGUAGCAUGACCAAUUCACCAAUGGAUAUGCAAGGUGUCAAUAAAAACAGUUAGUCAUUUGGUAUUUAUAUAUAUUAUAUAUUUUUUUUGCCUGCAUUGCUUUCUAAGGUUUUUGAUAUUCUGGGUUUCUUUAUCUAGUGAUGUCCUGUUCAAUUAUGAAAUGUAAGUCAGCAUUGUAUUAGGAAUCAAGAUGUACAUAUAUCUGAACUUUUGUUGUAUUAGGAUAAUUUAAGGACUAGUGUUUAGUGUUUACGUAA